UAGCAAAUGAAAAACAUAAAUUUCAUCUUGAAUAUCUAAAUAUCUGAUUAUUUUAUAUGCAUUCUGUGUGUAUAAUAAAAAAAGAAAAUAGAUACAGUUAGCAAAUAUCAUUGUUUUAUGAUGCAAUGUUUUCUAUUGUUACCCAUCAUUCUUAUUUCAACGUAGAAAAUUGGAUUGUAAUAUAAGAAUAUAUUGUAUAUAAUAAAAUAUGUAAGAGAAUAUAUUCUAUGGACUGGCUCUAUAGUUUUAUUCUGAUCGCUCCAAUGUCAAAGCGAGGUAUCCUCUACAUUGUACACAUUUUAUUUUGAGUGCAGAAGAUGCAGCACCUCGCUGCUCCAUGCAUAAGCAAUUGCAAAUAAAUAAUAUUGUUGCUGCCUAUUGCUGCUCUGAGUGCACUUCGUAAUUUCGUAUGACGUUAGGUUAGGUGUGUUCGCUUUGGUUCGCUUGUCCGCGCCCCGCCGGGGACAAUCCGCCGGUUGGAUAAAUUGACAGAUUUGCAAGAGUGAUGUUGAUCGAGACGAUUAUCCGAAAACGCGUAGAAGAACCUCGGUAAGCACUCGUAUCAGGGCGCCUUGAUCACGACGUCCCGACAUAAUUACGUCAUCAGUGGGGAAAUAAAAAAAAAACACGCGGGUUCAGCAGCACGAGUUUCUUAUUUUGCGUGCGCUUAACGAGCGCAGAUUGCGUACCGGUUGGUACUUAGUCUGGACGUUCUUCCUGUCGCGAUUCCGCUUUGUGAGAGAGCUAACUGGGAAUGGAAUGAGCGAGUCGUCGUCGGUUAAUGAUUUAAAAAACGGUCGCGCCCGCAUAAAAAAGCUUCGCCGUGAUUAAUCACAGGACAAUAUAUUGGAGCUAUUAUUAUCAGUAAAAUACGAACGCAACGGUUGUGAAGCAAAAUUUAAACUUAGAUACCUCAGAGUGGAUACAAUUAAUCAAAAUGUCUGUGAAUAUACGUUGCGCAACCACAGAGGACCUGCUAAAUAUACAGCACUGCAAUUUGCAAUGUCUACCUGAGAAUUAUCAAAUGAAAUAUUAUCUGUAUCAUGCUCUCUCGUGGCCGCAAUUGAGUUAUGUGGCAGAGGACGAGAAGGGAAGGAUAGUGGGAUAUGUGCUCGCCAAGAUGGAGGAGGACUGUGAGGACAAUCCACAUGGGCACAUAACCAGUCUGGCAGUGAAACGUUCCCACAGAAGACUGGGCAUCGCGCAAAAGUUAAUGAAUCAGGCCUCCAGAGCGAUGGUGGAAUGCUUCGGGGCGAAAUAUGUUUCCCUGCAUGUGCGCAGAAGUAAUCGUGCGGCUCUCAACUUAUAUACGAGCAGCUUGCAGUUUGAGGUGUCGGAGGUGGAGCCGAAAUAUUACGCGGACGGCGAGGACGCUUACGCUAUGAAGCGAGAUCUCACUAGCUUCCAUCAUGAGAAGGCUCUUCGAGAUAGAGCGCACAAAGAGGGCAAUGUUCACACGCACUUAGGCAGCAGGUGCUGCGGUGAUCACUCUUAGUCUGUUCAUCAAUGCCGCCAAUAAAAACCAGAUUGAUUCUUAAGUCACUCGUUCGAUAAGUUAACUGAGAAUAAAAAAUUUGCUGCAUGUCUUCUGUCGAGAAAUGACUGGAGAUGUCGGAGACUACGGAAUGUCUAUUGAAAUGAAACUAAUUAUGGAUACUUUGUUAUUUCUUGCAUUGACAAGAGCUUCUACUUAUCAAAGUUUUGACCUGAUACGCUGAAUAAAAAAUAUUUUAUAUGCGACUGGUGGGUAAAAAAAUUGUUAAAGUUUGCACGAAAUGGAGUAAGAUUGGAGCUGUGUAUCUUUCCGUUUACACAAUGCGCAUGUAAUUAAAACUUAAAUUGACUUAUAAAUACAUAAGAAAUAAAGGAUUUUGGGCAAUCUA